CACCUUUACACCAAUUACUCGUACAUUUUAAUAUUGAUGUGCAGCAUAUGCUCUCAUUGUGUGUCCAUUCCUUUUCAGAUAAACCUAAUCCCGAUCAGAUGUUAGUGCAAAUAGUACAUGAAAUUACAACAGCUCAUUGCAGUGUAGAUGAAUUGGAAUAUUGGGGUUAUCUAAGUCACAUGCUAUGAGGGCAUGUUGAGUUCAACUCGCACAUCGAUUUUGAAAAGUUUAUAUUGUUGUGUUUAUAAUAGCUUAGUUACCUCAACCCAUUAAGUUGACCUUUGGGGUUGAAUUAGACCAAGGCCUAUUAUUUCACACUACCCAACAAAAAGUGGAGACACUCAUAUCUAAUGUUAAUUCCUCUGUAAGGGCCACAAGAUACAAGUCUUUCCUAAUCACCUCAUUCCAUUCUUCCUAAGUCUACCCCUUCCUCCAUACUUACCCAUAUCGUAAGCCUCACAUACGAGGGCAUUUACACAACGCAUCUUCACAUGACCAAACCAUCUAAAUCCAACCUCUUGUACCUUAUCCUCUACAAGUGUCACUCCCAUCCGUCCUCGGAUAAUGUCAUUUUGGAUCCUAUCCAGUCUUGUCUAGAAACACGUCAACCACAACAUUUGAUGAACAUGGAACUUUGUAAAUGGCAAAACACCUUGAAAUCUUCUUAUCACACAAGCCACCAAAGCAAGCUUCCACAGCUUCCCAAGCCGCUCCAAUAUGGUGAAACCGUCUAUCUCCCCAAUGUAACCCCUAGUCUUCCAAAACUGCACUAUAUCUCAUCCGGCCCCAAGGCUCUCUUUCUUCCGACCUGCAUUUAAAAGACCAUGGAAGUAUUUUCCCCACUAAAUGGACUGCUGCUUCAAACAAAAACCUACCAUCACUGUUCUUCACACAUCUCACAUGCUCUAGAUCUCUCUCCUUCCUCAUAAACACCUUCACCCCUC